UAUUAUUUGACAGCUAUUAAAAAGCCUGGAAGUAAAAUCAUACCUCACUCACAAUCAUAAGAAGCAUAAAUUACCAAACAACAAUUGAGACAAUCUAAUAUCUCAAAACAAACAAUCUCUUCGUAUUUAGUGCCAUGACUCACACAUUUCCGAUUCUGAUGAUAUACAAUUUUGUAUCACCUGGAUAAGACGCUAUGUUUUCCAAUAAACCAACAGUAACACUGUAUAAUUACUGAAAAUAUCAACAUCCGCGCAAUCAAGGUUGCCUUUAAUAAGUUUCCUUAUAAAUACUCGCUCUCAAAAAGUAAGUUAUUAGUUUUACUCGCAGUAAAAGGAAAAGACGAAAAAUUUAUUAACAUGAAGUACUACGGAGUUAUUGUAAUAGGAAUUGUUUUUGCAGCGGUUAGUUGUGAAGAAUUGUAUUCUGAUAAGUACGAUGUUUUGAAUGUCGAAGAAGUUCUUGCUCAUGAAGAACUAAGAGAUACCUAUUACAAUUGCUUUAUGGAUCGAGGACCUUGUGCUGAAGAUGCUGGUUAUUGGAAAGGUAAUUUUCCCGAAGCGGUCGUAACAAACUGUAGGAAAUGUACCGAAUGGCAAAAAGUCGCAUUCGAUAAAAUCGCAGACUGGUAUUCUUCGCACCAACCAGACAACUGGAAUUCGUUGAUCGACAAAAUGCUCCAAGAAGCUAAAGCCAGAAACAUCGAAGACCGCAAAUAACUAUCCACUAUUUCUUAAUUUAUUAGCUAACAAUUAUUAUUAUUUUUAUUAUUAUAAAACCGGCGCAUUGUAUUGAAUUUGUCAGAGAAUGUUAAUAAAAACCUUUAAAAAAAAA